AUGCGCGGAUGGAGCUGUCUCCCCCUCGGCGGGGCAUGGGCGCAAGCAGGGGGGGUGGAGGGGACAGCGGGGGGCGAAGGCGGCGAGCGGGGCGGAUCCGCGACGACCCACUUCGGGUACCGCGCGGUGCGCGAGGAGGAGAAGGCGGAGCUCGUGGGGGGAGUGUUCUCGUCGGUGGCGGACAAGUACGACGUCAUGAAUGACGUCAUGAGCGGGGGCCUGCACCGCCUGUGGAAGGACAGGCUGGUGCGAGCGCUGCACCCCUUCCCCCACAUGCACCACCUCGACGUGGCUGGCGGCACAGGCGACAUUGCAUUCCGUGUGCUGAGGGCCAUCCGCCACGCGGAGGCGGAUCCUCGCCGCAUGGCGGCUGCUGCAGGGGCAGGGAGGAGCGGAGUGGAGAGGGAGGGCGAGGGGGCGGGGAGGGGGGCGCGGGUGAUAGUGUGUGACAUCAACGCAGAUAUGCUGCGCGUGGGGCAGCUGAGGGCGCAGCAGCAAGGCUUGGCAUCGGACGCGGCGUUGGAGUGGGUGCAGGGCGAUGCGGAGGACAUGAGUGCGGUGCUGGCGGACGGCAGUGUGGACGCCUACUCCAUUGCCUUUGGCAUCCGCAACGUCACGCGUAUCCACCGUGCCCUCGCUGAGGCCCACAGGGUGCUGCGCAAGGGAGGGCAGUUUGCAUGCCUGGAGCUCAGCCAUGUGGAGGACCCUCUUUUCAAGGCACUCUACGACAUGUACUCCUUCAAUGUAAUUCCAGCCAUCGGCCAGGCAGUCACCGGGGACAGAGCAUCCUACCAGUACCUCGUGGAGAGCAUUCGCAAGUUUCCAAGCCAGAGGAGAUUCGCUCACAUGAUGGAGCAAGCAGGAUUCAAAAACGUGUCAUACGAGAAUAUGACAGGGGGUGUUGUGGCCCUCUUCACAGGCUUCAAGUUGUAG